AUGAGGCGUGCGGAUCCUGAUGUCGGUGAAUUCGGGAGGAAGUUGAUUGUUCUCCUGGAUCAGGCGUCUUUGGAGUCUGUGAAGGGUGGGGGAGGUAAAGAAUACCAAUUACUGAACCCCGAUAAACAUAAGGAUCGGAUACUGCGGUCGAAUCGCGACAUAUCGACUGUCCGACCUGACAUCACUCACCAGUGUUUACUUAUGCUUCUGGACAGCCCACUAAACAGAGUUGGAAUGCUCCAGGUUUAUAUCCGAACUCACAAGAACAUUAUCAUCGAGGUCAAUCCAAAGAUCCGGAUUCCACGAACGUUCGACCGUUUCUGUGGUCUGAUGGUCCAACUUCUUCACAAGCUUUCCAUCCAUGCUGCUGAAGGAAAUCACGAAAAGCUGCUCAGGGUUGUGAAAAAUCCCAUCACUCGGUACUUCCCUGCCGGCUGUGCAAAGAUUGGCAUGUCCUUCACCGCAGAUAAGAUUGUACCUCCUUCUGAAGUCCCCUCCAUGGUCCAGCUAGGCACCUCGGAGUCGAUCGUGGUUGUCAUUGGAGCAAUGGCCCAUGGCUCGGUCGUUUCUACGGCUGGCGACUUUCUCGACGAUGUGGUAUCAAUUAGUCGAUUCCCGCUUUCCGCCGCUCAGGUUUGCUCUCGAUUGUGCACUGCAUUCGAGGAAUCUUGGGGUGCCGAAAAAUUCGAACUCCCUCUGCCAUCGGCCUGA